ACUAGAGUGUCAGUUGAACGUUUGAACAGCGCAUGGUGCGCAAUGUCAACUGCUCUGCAGCUGAUAUAACUGACAUUCAUUAGUUGUGCGUGCACUUUACUAAGUUUUUGAAGGUCCUGAACAUCUGCUACCAUUUACUAUGUCAGGAGAUAGCCUGAACGAAAGUUUGAUCGAGAGACUCAAACAGUUCUCAGCAAGACCAUAUGACAAUAUUGAAAUCAUUCGGUCAGUGACAGCAAGGCUUCAUAGCCAAGCAGCUUCACAGGAUAAGCUUAUACGAGGAAAGAUUCUGGAACGUCUCUGCCGUAAGAACACUGGUGUAUUGGGUCUGAUUCUUCAUCUACUAGAGACUGUGAAGGACCAACUAACAACAUGCAGCCUUGCUGGAAUACUACGCGAAUGUGUUUCUCCAAGAAUAGGAAAGAACAGAAGUCCAGUCAUCCGGCAACUCAUUGCUAUAAAUGCAUCACAGACAUUAGUGAAAUUGCUGCUGCAAAUGCAAGUAAAGGAAUCAAAUGUUCCAGAGAUAUUGUUACAAGAGAUUUUAUGGGUUAUCUCUCAGCUUGCCCAGAGAGAUCCAAAGUUUUCCUUGAAGGCAAGGCUGUUAGGAGCUGUCAAGACAUUCCAUUAUUUAUUAAGAAUGCAUCAUAAUAACACAAGAUUAAUUUUUCCACUCCUUUUGAUUAUAAAAGCUCUCUCUAGAAACACUUACACCACAACAGUAUUACUCAAAGAUGGCAUUGUUCCUACAGUGGAGAAAACCCUUGUGACAAUGGGUUUUUCCCCAUCACCAAAACUGAAGCUAUGUCUUAGUGUGCUUCAUCAUCUUAGUAAAAACAAAUCUUGUUGUUCCCGCAUUGUGAAAACUGGUUUGAUACCAUUAUUGUUGCGCCUGGUUGAGAGAUGGGAACGUUAUGAUGGAAAAAUGAGAAUCAGGAUAUGUAACCAUAUCUUGGUUAUCUUGCAAAAUAUUUGCCUGUCUAAAUUGGGCAGAAAGACUGUGAUUGGGAACAACGGAUUGCAAAUUAUGUACAAAUUCUGUAUUACAUGUCCAGAAGAAAAGUGCUAUGAUCCACUUCUUACUCGUGUUUGCAAUGUUAUUAAUCUAUGUCUAGCAAAGAAAAAUCUUCCAGUUGAUUCUCACUCAAGCCCAGCAGUUUUCAGAUUGCCAUAUGCAAAAGAAAAUACGUCAGAAGCAAAUGGUGGAUCAUCUCGUGAAACAAGCCCUGACUCUGAAGAUGAAAGCACUGAGGAGUUUCCGGAGGAUGAUGAUGAGGGUGUGACCCAGGAAGAGAAUUUGAAGGAACUACCAGAAAACAAAAGUUCUGCUUAUGUUCCUCGAUCAGCAUUGCGUGAAGCAGAUGAUUUGAAGCAGUAUGAAUCAUUUUUCCAAGAGCUGAAAGGGCCUUGUGUUUGCAGCAAAAUGAAAUGCAAUUCUGGAAGCAGGGAAAUAACACUUAAGAAAAGUUGUUCCUUUGAUGCAUUGAUGGGAGAAAGUGACCUAAAGAAGAAAAUCAUGGAAUUUAAUUUGACAGAAAACACUCUCAAUUUUACGUCUACUGCAUAUACAGGAGCUUCCCAGUCACACAACUCGAACUGUUCUACCAGAAAUGAAAAUAAGGAUCAGUGUAUGCAAGGGAAAAGUUUUCCUAUGGAUGGAGGAGGUGAAAAUAUUAGUGAAAGAAGCUCUACAUUAAUAUCACAAAAUAAUUUGAUGUUGAAAAAGGAUGUUGCUCAGACUCCAAAUGGAAGAAGUUUGGCUAGUAGCAGAGAAAUGAUAAAAGGUCUUACAGUAUUUGAAAACAUUCCUAAUUACUCUACUUUCCAUUAUGCAUAUUCUGUGAUUGCGUCAAGAGUCAACAGUGUGCUACCAUUUGUUAAAGUGGCAUAUCCUGAUAUGAUGGGUAGUGAAGGUUCAGGGAAGCUAGAGCCCUUGAAUAUAAAGGACAGAAGAACAUGUAGGAGCAAACUUUUAAACUGUGUGGAAAGAGGUCUUCAUCCAAAUCAAGUCAUGAACAAAGUUGUUUAUGAUUUGGACAGUUGGUCUUCAGUGGAUCCAUCUCAUAGACUGAUAAACGCAAGUGAAAAGGUCCUUUUCAAUAUGGAUGAGAGACACUUGGGAAGUGGUGAACCUGAGAAACGUCACUUGAUAUUUGAGUCAAGGUUUGAAAGUGGAAACCUUAGAAAAGCUAUUCAGGUUGGUCUCCGUGAAUAUGACUUGAUUCUCAUGCCUGAUGUUAACUCCAAUAAGCAUCAUCAGUGGUUCUAUUUUGAAAUAAGUGGAAUGGAAACUGAUGUUGUUUAUACAUUUAAUAUAAUAAACUGUGAGAAACAAAACAGUCAGUUCAAUUAUGGUAUGAAGCCAAUAAUGUACUCUGUACAAGAAGCUGUUGCUGGACGUUCUGGGUGGGUGCGUGUUGGCACAGACAUUUGCUACUACAGAAACAGCUACCAGAAUCCUGCUGGAAAAUACAGGACUUACCUGACAACAACUUUUUCUCUCAAGUUCCCAUAUGCAAAUGAUAUCUGCUAUAUUGCAUAUCAUUUUCCUUUCACAUAUUCUCGAUUACUGGCACACAUAUGGAAGUGGUCCUGUGAAAUUGAUCCUUCCAAAAUAUACUUCAGGGCUGAAUCAUUAUGUAUGUCUCUUAACAACAAUGAAACUCCACUGAUUACACUUUCUGCAGCAGAUUCAGAGGAAAAUCCUCUUUUGAAACGGGAAAUAAUUUUCCUGACAGCUCGUGUUCAUCCAGGUGAAAGUAAUUCUUCAUGGGUGAUGCACGGCACACUGUGUUACUUGUUGGGAGAUACAGCUGCAGCUAUAAAGUUGCGUAAUAGAUACGUUUUCAAGAUAGUGCCAAUGCUUAAUACUGAAGGUGUCAUUAAUGGCUGCCAUCGGUGUGGCAUAACAGAUGAAGAUCUGAAUCGUCGGUGGAGUCAUCCCAGUCAGCAUUUACAUCCCAUCAUAUAUCACACCAAGGGUCUACUGGAAUACUGCACGAAAGUUUUAAAGAAGCCCCCGUACUUGUUCUGUGACUACCAUGGUCACUCACGUCGCAAGAACGUCUUUUUGUAUGGAUGCUGUAAUUCUGAAAGCUGGAAUGAAGCAGAUCGAUCAGUUCCAGACAAUCCAGUUGACUACCUCAUGCUCCCAAAUUUAAUGAAAGACUUGUCACCUGCAUUUGCUCUGUCAUUGUGCAGUUUUGCUGUUGAGAGGAACAGAGAAUCAACAGCAAGGGUUACUGUCUGGAGGCAAUUGGGCAUUAAACGCAGUUACACGAUGGAAAGUAGCUACUGUGGUUGUGAUCAAGGAACAUAUAUGGGUUAUCAUCUUGACAUUCUUCACCUAAAAGAAAUUGGUGCCAACUUUUGUGAGGCAUUGGCUUGCUUGAAAGAAGAAUCACAGUGGCAGACAGAACUUCUUGAAACUAAUAAGCAAGCUGGCAGCAGUACCUGUAAGAUUACCCCUCAUAGCCCCCAUUCUAUAACCAACUCCCCAGAAACAAGAAACACACAAGAAAGUUUGAAGGUGUGAAAUACUUUCACCAGGAAGCCAAGAAGAUGGAGCUAGUGAUUCUCCAGACCAUAGUGACAGUAGUGAAUUUGAUGAUGAAGAAUAUCAUAGCUAGGUGCCUGAUUGCAGCUAUCAAAACAUGUGAAUGUUUGGUUUUUAUAUAUUAACUAAUAUGUACCUUGUCAGUGUGUUCAAAAAUUAUUUGUCUUUUGUAUAGUGUUUCAAUGGGAUGUGCAAAUGUAUAAAUCCUUCCAUUGUUCAGUGCAUUUCAAAAAGAAUAGCUUGUGGGAAUACUUGUGUAGUGAAAUAUUGUUUUUGUUUGUUGUUGUUGCACUUCCGAUACCUCGUCCACUAAUAUCUCUGUUAUAGAUGAAGUAAUUCAAUAUUUCCAUUUUAUGCUUCCAAGGAAUAAAACAAGUAUGUGUGUACUGUGUA